CGGAUUUGUCUCAAGGAGUGAUAGUUUUCGGUCUGCAGUGGGUUGAACAACUCUAUCAUAAGUGAUUGAAAUUAUUGUUUGUAAAUAUCGCCGCGGAAAUGAAUUAUUCUUUCAAAUUCAUACUCGUUUUUGGUCUGCUGGGAUACUUACUGAUCACCACGGAUUGCGCACCCGCGCCGAACAAGGGGUUCCCUGGGGAGUGGCCGAGGAUGCCGCCGCGAGGGCAGCACGUGGACAAGCACGCCAAAUGCGUCCGUCGCUGCCGCUGUGCCUACGACGAUGUAUCCGAGGAUGAGGCCACUCUGGUCCGCUGCAUCGACAAGUGCCACGAGACCUGGUACUGGGAGAACAGGAAGUACUGGGAGAUCAAUCACGACAGGUGGCGCAGGAGACGAUCCCUCCCCAACAAAAUCAACAAGUUUUUCUCCGCAUCUUCCGCAGCCUUCAAAUUUCCGCCGUCUGGAUGAAAUAAAUUAUUGGGUCCGCGCACUGGGGAAAAAACACAUUGAAUCUAGAAUGCAGACUCUU